UUGAAAGCAGUCAGCUGCUUCGUUCAGCAUCACAACAAACAUGGCGUCCAGAGGCGGCUAACUGAGAAGAGAAGCCGGGAAUCCUCAAAAGCCGUUUUAGUUCAGAGUGUUAUAACUUAAUGACGGAUAACAGUUGCUUCUUCGCGAUCUCAAGAUGGAAGCCACCUCUUUUCCAGAAGAGGUUUCGGAGAGGAACGUGUGUGUCGUCGGGUCGGAGCUGGUGGAGAACUACACCGUCUAUAUCAUCGAGGUGUCGGAGAGAGAGCACAGAUGGACUGUGAAGCACCGCUACAGUGACUUCCACGAUCUCCACGAGAAGUUGACGGCAGAGAAGAAGGUGGACCGAGGGCUGCUCCCUCCAAAGAAGAUGUUGGGGAAGAACUCAAAGAGUCUGGUGGAGCGGCGGCAGAAGGAGCUGGAGCUCUACCUGCAGACGCUCCUGCUGCAGUUCCCACAGGCCACGCCCACUCCGCUCGCCUGCUUCCUGCACUUUCACCUCUAUGAGAUCAACGGCAUCACAGCAGCUCUGGCUGAGGAGUUGUUUCAUAAAGGUGAGCAGUUGCUGCAGGCCGGCGAGGUGUUUUCUCUCUGCCCGCUGCAGCUCUACUCCGUCUCCCAGCAGCUCCGUCUGGCCAAACCAACCUGCUGUAACGGAGACGCCAAAACCGACCUGGGUCACAUCCUCGACUUCACCUGCAGGCUGCGAUACCUCAAGAUGUCUGGGACCAGAGGCCCGGUAGGAACCAGUAACAUCCAGGAGAGCAGCCUCCCCUACGACCUGUCCGUUUUCAAAUCACUAGUCCAGAUAGAGAUCAGUGAGGGCAGCUCUGAGCAGAUUCGCGGUCUGUCGUCUCUGAGGUCGAGUCUGGCAACUCUGAGUAUCCACCACUCCACGGAAACUAUGAUGUCGAUCCUGGUCCCGGAGGCGAGCGAGUUCUCACAGUGGGAGGCCGAGGGGGCCGAGUCUGGCUGUCCCGUCACUGCCGUCAUCCCCGUGUGGAGAAACCUGACCACGCUGGACAUGAGCCACAACAACAUCAGCACCAUCGACCGCUCGGUGAAACUGAUUCCUAAGGUGGAGUUUCUGGAUCUGAGCCAUAACCAGCUGUCCACAGUGGAAAACCUCCAGCACCUGUACAAUCUGGUCCACGUGGAUCUGUCCUACAACAGUCUGCUGGUCCUGGAAGCUGCUCACACCCGUCUGGGCAACAUCAAGACCCUGAGCCUGGCCGGCAACCAGCUGGACCAGCUGACUGGCCUCACCAAGCUCUACUCGCUGGUCAACCUGGACCUCAGCCACAACCAGCUGGCCCAGUUGGAGGAGAUCAGGAACAUCGGAUCUCUGCCAUGUCUAGAGAAACUCAACCUGUCCAAUAACCCCAUGUGCAUCAUCCCAGACUACAGAACCAAAGUGCUGACCCAGUUUGGAGACCGUGCAGCAGAGGUUUGUCUGGACGGUACAGUGACGACAGAGAAGGAGCUGGACACGGUGGAAGUGUUGAAAGCCAUUCAGAAAGCCAAAGAAGUCAAAGACAGGAUGAGCAGCGGCGACAAGAAGAUCAGUGAGGAGACCAAGCUGUCUGCUGCUGCUGCACCUCCUCACCUCUCCUCUCCCCCCUCUUCUUCCUCCUGCUGCUCGUCUGCUGUUGCUCCGCCUGCUGUCUCUUCUUCCUCCUCCUCUUCUUCCUCCUCCUCUUCCUGUCCAGCCCACCAGGCUGCCUGCCCCAGCCAAGAAGUGACGAGCAGACAAGAAGACGCAGUCCCCCACAGUGUUCUCCCUCCUGUGAACGCUGCUCCUCCCCCCGCGAGCUUUAACACUAACACACACCUCCUGUCUGCUGACCCUGCCCAGGUACAACAAGCUGCUGUCCGUCUGUCUGAACACACACUCUGUGGAGCUCCUACAAGUACAAUUACUACCAAUACUACAAAUGACAUCUGCUGUGUCUGCUGCUGUUCCUCCUCAAGACCACUUGAAACCACGUGCUUCUCCUGCAGCACGGCCUCGUUUCCUCUGCUUCCUUCUCACCUGCUCUCCCUCUCCUCCUCCAACAAAGACUUCAUUACCCAGCUCUCCCAGCGUCUCGGCUCCACCCUGAAGGAGCAGAAGAGGGAGACGGAGGAGGAGGAGGAGAGGGAGGAAGAGAAUAGGUCUGAAUCCAGAGAGGUUCAGUCCCAUGUGGAGGACACCGAGGUGGAAGGUCCAAGUCCAGGCUCCGGGGACGGAUACUUCGAGAUGGGUCUGGAUGACUCCGUUGAGGAGUCGGUCUGCUCCUCUUCUUCCACGUCGCUCGCCGUUCCUUCUGCAGAGGAGCCCGGUGGCCGCCAGGGGGAGCAGCGUGGCGGUGAGGAGGAGGAGCUGCAGGUCAGCAGGGUUCUGUGGUGCUACUGUCUUCAGGUAAAGGAGGAGGUGGAGCAGAAGGAGGUGUGCCUGGUGCUGACAGACCGGCGGUUGGGCCUGCUGUACCUGUCGGAUGAUUUCAUCAAUCAGGACGCAGACCAGGAGCAGAGUGUGGAGGAGGUGCUGUCCAGCCUACAGGUGGACCUCCUGCUGCCGUACUCCCAGCUCCUUCUCUCCUGUAGCGCCGACCUCUCUGACUCCUGCCUCGCCUUUGGCCUCCAGGCCGGUCCGACCCGCUGGUACGUCUUCUCAGAGGCCGAGGAGCUCCGGCAGACCAGGACCGAGCUGACGGUGCUGAUCCAGGCUGCGAAGUCUCAGACUGACCCGGAGCCCCACAACACUGCUCAGCUCUUCCCCCGAUCGCUCGUCAACUCCUGGGAGCUGGAGGAGAGUCAGGGAGCCCAGGGAGGCUAUCCUGCCUUCCUCCUUCUCUCCUCCUCCUCCUCUUCCUCUUCCUCUGCCCUGGACACCCACCCGCUCCUGUCGGAUAUCCUCUCUCAAAGAGAGGACUCCAGCCUCCCCUCUCUCCUCUUCCUCACCCACCGACACCUCUGGGUGCUGAAGAUGGACUUCAGAGAGCUGGCAGAAAGAGAGAGGAGGAGCGCUGACCUUCAUCACUCCUCCUCCUCUUCCUCCUCCUCCUCCUCCUCCUCUUGGUGCAGGCUGGUCCGUGUGCCCCUCGGCUCCGUGGUGCUUCACCCCAGAGAGAGAGCUUCUCAGGUCGGGGACAGAACCAGCAGCACCUCCUGCCCCGACCCAAAGCACCACCACAGGAGGAGUCACACUGUGGAGCUGCUGCUGGGCGGUCAGAGGCUGCUGCUGCUCUUCCCUCUGGCCCAGAACAGGAGCCCCUUCCUGGGGCUGCUGAGCCAGAGGAGAGCCUCUCUGGAGGGGCUGAAGAUGGUGGCCCUGGCCCAGCCCUGCAGGUCCUGUCCACAGCAAGGCUGUCACAGAUCCAGAGACCAGUGCUGCUGUUCCAGUUCGGGGACAUCAAACAGCACCAGCAGCUGGGACUCCUCCAGCCUCCAGGUGGAGGAGAACCAGCCAUCCCCCCACCUCACGCCAGGUCUCUCCCCAGGACUGAAGCUACUGGCUGGGCUCGGAGAACAGCAGCUUCUGACCUACUUCCACAGAUAUAUAGCAGUGUCUGAGGCGGAGGAGGUGAGACAGGUCCUGUGGCUGUCUGUGGUUCUCUACAAGUCUCCGGAGUCUGAGCUCACCUGCUGUCUGCUGCUCUCCACCGAUACAAUCUACUUCCUGUUGGAAGACUCCACCUCCACACUCGGUCAUCACUCAGUGUUGGACACAAUGGACUCUGGAGAUGUGGACGUCUGUCUGUGCUGCUGUCUGUCCAUCAGACUGUCUGACCUGCUGUCUGUCAACGUGGGACUGUUCGACCAGUACUUCAGAGUUGUAGGUCGUUCAGCCGAUCACAUCGUGUGCUGUCUCAGCCGGGACAGUUAUGGGACGGGCGUCUUCCUUCAGGAGCUCAUGUCGGCUCUCAGUCUGCAGCAGCAGCUUCCUCCUCCAGAGCCGUCAGAUCAGGACUUCUACUCCCAGUUCACCAACACAAACACAGGUAAGAUGCAGAACUACGAGUUGGUCCACAGCAGCAGGGUGAAGUUCAUUUAUCCCAGUGAGGAGGAGAUGGGAGACCUGACCUUCAUCGUGGCAGAGAGGAAGGCUCCGGCCAGCGCAGCAUGUUCAUCCUCGCGCUCCUUCAACGUCCUGCUGUAUCUGCUGGUCUUCCAGGUCCAAAUCCCCGGCAGUCUGCCCAGCCAAGGCUCCACUCUCUCAGGCCACUCCUCUGGUUCUGGCUCUGGUCCGUCUCCGGUACUCCAGCCCAGGACUUUGAUCCUGACCAGCACCGACGUGUUCCUGUUGGACGAGGACUACGUCAGCUAUCCUCUGCCUGAUUUUGCCAAAGAACCCCCCUCCAGGGAGCGGUACCAGCUGCGUGAGGCUCGGAGGAUCCGGGACCUGGACCGGGUCCUGCUGGGGUACCAGACUUACCCUCAGGCUCUGACCCUGGUGUUCGAUGACCUGCCCGGCCCCGACCUGCUCUGCCACCUCACCAUGGACCACUUCGCCGCCGCGGGGGGGGGGGGAGGAGGCCCCGCCCGGAGGGGGCGGAGCCAGCAGCGGCGCGGAGGGCGAGGUCCAGUGGUGCGUCUUCGUCCCGGGAGCCGACAGCAGAGAGAGGCUGAUCUCGCUCCUCGCCCGCCAGUGGGAGGCGCUGUGCAGCCGGGAGCUUCCUGUGGAGCUCACGGGCUGAGUGGUGGACGGACGGACGGACAGACGGGUGACUGUUCAGCACUUUGGUCGGUCGUUGGCGGGUGGAGUGAUCGUAUGACGGGGGGGAUAAUUUACACACAUGGAUUCAGGGCUCGGAAUGCUGUUCGAAGGCCUCAAUGUGCUUCAAACCAAGUAGUUUGUGAGAUGUGAUGACUCAGUCAAAUUAAGAUAAAGAUGCACACGUUCAUUCAUGUCUCUUUACUUGAAGGCAUUCAUAGCUUGUUCACGUGAAAAGUGACAGAAAUGGUUUGUGUGAAGAAUGAAGAGAGAGAGGCCAGAUGUGUGGAGACACCUCCACACAUCUGGCCAAUCACUGCGUAAAGUGGGCGUGGCCAUAGGUUUCAGACGCUGUUAGACGAUCGGACACUUGGUUUGAAGCAUUCCGGGGCCCUUUAGUUGUACGUCGAUUGAAAGGAAUGUGGCUUCGCCCACACGUUUAGUGUCUGCUCUAAAAAACAGUUGGUCUCUACAGACACCAGACUGCCAUUACAGACCUGUGACCUCACACUGAGCCGAAAUGAUGGGAGUUUCUAGCACAACUUCACUUUCUUGCAAAGUGUCUCUUACGAAGAAGAUUUACAGAUUCGUUAGAGGACUUUACUCACGACCAGAAGACAGACUGUUGUUGCACAGCAGGGGGCGCUGCAGACAGUCCACAGGAGUUAUACUAGUUUUUAAAUCAACAUUACAUUAAAAGAACAGUUUGUCAUUUCUGGUUAAAUCCUCUUGUUCUCUGUCCUCUCCAGAGUCGUAUCAGUUUCAUCUCUGUGUGUUCUGCACAAAUAUAAUUGCAGGGCGUGUUAGCCUAGCUUAGCACAAAGACUGGAAGCAUGGGGAAACUGCUAGCCUAGCUUCAUCAAAAGCGGAAAAACACAAAUCCACCUUCCAACAACUCCAAAGCUGUCUGAUUUACAUGUUGUUAUUUAUGUUAAGUUGCUCUUAAAACCAAAAAUCAUUUUUUUGUUUGCACAUUUGGAUUCUGGUUGAGGUGACAAGAGGAUAUCCAAAAAUGUUCGACUGUUUUAAGUAGCGCGCGCACACACACACACCGCUGCUCGGCACAUACUGCUCUCUGAACAUUUUAUUCCUUGCACAUUGUAAUUAAUGAAGCAGUAUUAUUGAACUGUAUAUUGAAGCUUUUUAUUAAUAUUAUAUUAAUAUAAGUAUGUUUUGGGACAGAUGGAUGUUUUCCAUCCUGAAGCAGAUUUUGUACUAAACACUUAAGUUCUGAUGAAAUUUCCAAAAAUAACUUGUCAUAUUAAACAUUAUUAUCAUUGAGUGUUAUUUUUUUUUUUAUACAUUUUUUAAUGUUUUAUUUCAUCGUAUGUUGUGUUUUUCAUACAUUAUUGUUGACAAAUGGGAAGCCAGACAGUGUUGUACCCCCCCCCCCCCCCACACACACACACACACACACACCUCUCACCACUAUUGUUUACGUUACAUGUUUUCGUCUUGCUCACGGGGAAUGCCACUGAAUUAAAGUGAAAAAUGAAAACUAAA